CGACGAUGGCGGAGGGUCUCAGAGCUGCGUUGUUGCUGGCUGGCCCCUCCCGUUUUUUCUUCACCUUAUAAGUCACGGAAGCUGUUCGAAUGGCCUCAGAAGGGCAAAGUGAGGAUACAGAGCAUCCAUCUGAGCCUCCUGCAGCUCCUGUUCAGAGUAACAGAACAUUUCAAUGGGGAGCCAUACUUGCUGCAGUGAAAGAUCAGCUUCCAUCUCUGGACUCUGACACCUCCACAUCAGAUUGUGAGAGUGAUGGGGAGCUUUUCAUCUUCCAGCGGGAACAGCCAAACUUGAUUCCUGAUCUGUCAGAAGAACUGAUGGAGUUUUCCCUGGAAGACUCAAACAUGCAGGAAACCCAGGAAACAGAAAGACACCCAUUGGCGAUCUGGAAUGAAGAUCUGGAAAGUUUUGACAUUCAGAAAAAAACAGAUGGUGCCCAAGUUGUUGCAAAAGAAGACAUACAAAUGACUGAAGAUGAGACUCCUAAUCUUGCCAGCCAUACUGUAGACAUUCCAAGUCAAAAGGAAGCUGUUCUUGAAGAGUCUCUUGCAGAUUCCACAGAUCCCCUCAAAGACGAAGAACUGGACAGGAAGCAGGCCAGAGAAAGAGGGAACUCUUGGCUUAAUACAGCAUUGUCUGUGGAAGAGUUGGACAGUCAAAAAGAGAGAAGGAAGCUGAUAGAGACAAAGAUACUCUCCAAAAUAAUUCUGGAGCUGUCACCAGGCCACCCAGAGCUUGAUGUCAAGCCUCCCUCUUGUGGCAUUAGCAACAGUCUAGAAAGAAUUGCUGAGGAAGAAACCUCCUCGGAUGAGUGUCUUCAAGAACGAACCCUUUUCUCAUUGCAGAAUAUUGACAAAUGGGAUCUAGACAAGAUUCUUGAGGAGCUGGAGCAGCAGAAAGAUAACACUCAUGCAGAAGUUGCUUUCUCCUCAGCAGAUUAUGAGACCUUCAGGGGUAGGUCUGAAAAUCAGCUCAUGGAAAAGCUAGAAGAGCUGUGUGCCAGGCAGUCCAGGACAAUGUCUCCACACUGCAAGUGGCCAUCAGCCAAGCUCCUCUCCUUUCAAGAACAGCAAGAGAAUAAGAAGGAUGUUGCCUUCUUAUCGUCUUCACGAAGUUCUCUAAGGAUGGACGUGAUGAGAUUACAGUGCCUGCCAGAGCCUGCAACUGUGUGCUUAGAUUUAAGAGAUGCUAAACCGCAGAAGUCAGUAACAUCCCCCGAGGAGAAACAAAGUACAAGCGACAGCUCCACUGAAGAAGAGAUGACGACAAUUAAGGACCAAGCAGAAAGGAGAAUGAGGAAUUGCUCAGGAAAAAGCCGGCUACUGCAACAACUCCAUACAGCCCGAAAAGAAGCCUCAGAGCGUCAUGAAGUGUCUACCCCAGCUGAAAAACUUGAAGGCAUAAAACAGGAUCCAGAAAGUCUGGAAGAGAUAGGUUCCUCUGAAAUAAGUCAAACCCCCUAUUUUAAAGUGAGGCAAGAGACAAAUCAGGUGAUUCCCAGGAAACUGAUGAGAUUGAAACCAGAGAAAAAAAAUACCCCCUUGUCAAGCUGUGGGAGCAAUGGAGCUGACAUAGAAAAAGAAAACAUAAUGGAAGUUGAGAAGGUUCAACGUUCAGGAAAUGUUCCCGACUCUCCUCUAACUGCCACUGAAUUGCCAAGGACAGAAGAAAGUAAGAGAGAUCUAUCCCAAAAGGAAGAACAGAUGAAAGAGAGACAGAGGAGACACAGAUUCCAGGAGCAGCUGGAGCGAUUGCAGCCUCAGCAGUCAGUUACUGGAAAGCAGCCCAUGGCAGAGAAAACCCCCGUUUUGUUCCACAUGGUUGCCAUGGUAUUGCUGUUUGAAACUCUCUUCCAAAGUCCCCUGGCUACCCAUCACGUGUUGCAGCUGGUACUCAGUUCUGGUCUGGAUAUCUGUGGACUCCGCUUGCUUUAUCCUCAGCAGGACGUGCUGCUGUCUAGCUCAGAAAAGCUGCCUUCUUCCUAUACUUCAGAGACUGGCAAGGUGCCACCAGUGCUGGCAUUAGGCGUGAGAGGGCCUAAAGCAUGUAGCAGCUUGCAGAAUAUCAUCGGGCCAUCCGAUCCGCAGCUGGCGAGGGUGACGGACUGCAGUUCCAUCAAUGCCAUCUACUGCAGGAGCCAAGCGGAGCCUCUCGUCUACCUGCCCCGCCUGGACAGCCGUGUGCACAGGGAGCUGUGCCUCUGGUUUGGAGGGAGGGCUGCUGGUGCAGCGCUGCACACUGGUGUCCUGGAUCCGGCCUCCCUAGGCAACAACAGAGCAAGUUCUCAGAGCCCUUCAUCAACUAGGGCAGAAGCAGAUGAAGAAAAGGUUGAUCUCCAGGGCAUGGUGCUGUCUCGACCUCCAGCGAUGCUUGUCUCAACUACCAAAGGGGACGUCAUUUUGAUGGUGUCGCCUCUGGUGUCUCCUCAUGCAUAUGGUAACGUGAUUUCAGUCUGUACUUAUCGGGGAUUUGUUCUGCAAGGAAUCAGACGGAUGCGGCUUUCACCCAAGCAAGCCAUUGCACUGAGCAUGACAACAAGUCAGGCUGCUGUAUUUUGCCCUGGCAAGGUUUCAAGUUCACCUGCUACCAGUUCUGCAAGCGGAGAGUGCUCCGCUGAACCACGCGUGCACUGUCUCAUUUUGUUGCUGAGAAAGGAGAACGUUAGUCAUCAUAUUCCUGCAUUGGUAAAAGGGCUGAUGAAUGAACUGACAAAGCAAGGCGUCCUCAGCAACGGGCAGAGCAACCUGCCUGCUGCUGCCGGGCUGGACCCCUCCGUGUGUUUUCAUGUGGCUCCUUACACCGAGACCUUGCUGCAGGCACUGGGAGGAAACCUCAGUGCAGUGCCAGACCCCCGUAACAUUCCUCUGGAUCUUUUCUGCAAUCGAGCGUACGCUUCUGAUCCUGAAAUGGAGCAAGUUGUCACACUGACGCUGGUUGGACCGGAUGCUAUGAAGAGUGCCGGAGAGCUCCUUCACCAGAUUCUUCUUCCUGGGCACAAUAAUCAAUCUCAAAGUGCAGAAGAACCUGAUUCAGGAUUUGAGCUCCUAGGUCUCAAGUGGUUGCCCCGUCUCACUCGAUGCCAAGCCAGAGAAAUAACCCCUUUUGAGGUCGGAGACACUUCCUGGCGAAGAAGUCUUGAUACACUAAUGUCAAACCCAGUCCUUGUGUGUGCGUUACGGCGGAUCGAUGCCUUCAAAGCUCUUGAAGAUGCAUUGAAGAGAUUAACACAAUGCAGGGAGAAGCUAAGCAAAAGUGGCAGUCUUCUACAGACAGUAAUGGCCUUGACCCCAGAGGUGACGUUCAGACAAGCCAUCCUCUUCUUCACAGAGGCGGAUUUUGUAACUGAUGCAGAACACCGCCCUGCUAUGAAAUACCUGCCACCACCUGGCAAGAGGUCCGGGUCUGAAGGGGGAGAGCGCCAGAGGUGCCAUGCAGAAUCACUGUUUACCUACUUGCAAACAGGAGCCCAGAUUCUUUGCACAGUGCUGCUGAUCAAACCUGGUGCCUGGAGCCAUAGUCUUGCAAGGAUCCUCCGAAAACUAGAGCUGGAAAAAUUCAGUGUGGUUGGAAUGAAACACGUAAACCUGGAACCGGACGUUGCCUUAGGACUCGCUGCUUCUGAAGUGGAACAGGAUCCUGCUGGUUUAGAAGCUCAUUGUACCUACCUUACCUCAGGCACUGCUCUCGUGCUGUGUCUUCAGAGGCCAAAUGCUGUGAAGAAGCUGAUAGAUUUAUUAGGGCCAGAGGAUCCUAAGAUAGCCCAAGCACUAGAUCCAUUCCUCUGGAGGGCUCAGUAUGGCACCAGCACAGUCCAAAAUGGAUUUUACGGCUCCAAAUCCUAUCAAAUAGCUGUCCGGGAUAUGAAGCUGUUUUUCCCAGAAGGGCUGUGCUGCGCCGAGUGUCAGACAUUAGAGGAGGAAGAGAUCUAUAACCUGAAACGUGACCCCAUAGUCAGUUUGGAAAUGGACAAGCAGCGCAAGAUCAUAAAGCGUGAAACAGGAGGGCAGCUCAAUUUAUUGGGCUCUGAGCAACCAUGCAAUCUCGGGAAGAAUUACUUAGAGGGCUAG